UUUGGUGGUAUGGAUCAACGACGGGAGCUUAGCCUCACGUGACGAAAUACGUCACUGCUUACUUUUGCUUAGCUCACGACGUUGCGAUUCUUCAGCCUUCACUUGUCUCAUGGGAGUGAACUCGGAGCCUGUAUCAUAUUUGACUCUUUGAGCUAAUUUCAGGUACUCCAUGAAAAGGGUGAAUGAAAUGACCAGCUGUUUUGGAUCAGGCAAAGCCACACUCUGGCAUCAGUCGACCAUUCAAGCAGGCAGCUGUCCAGGUACUGUCCAAGUAGGUUUUUCAUGUCUCAACUGUCUUCACCAUCUGAAUCGUCUUUCGAUCUUUCUACGAGAAUCUUGAUCUACUCACUUCUUGCCUGCUCGACAAAGCUGGUAGAGUCUAGACCAAGCAGUGUGAAUGAGCAUUCCAGGUGUUGCUGAGCAACCUGCCCCCUUUGCUCCUUUCAUGCCAUUCUUUCAACUCAGCCUCCUCACUUGGACAUGCCAGUUGCCAGGAUGGCGAAAAUCAAAUGGUUUCAAAUACAGACCUGGAGUCAGGCUUUCAGUCACCGUGUUGGUUCCCGUGAUAUGCAUUGCUGUCAUUCUGUUUCAACUGGAGUGAGGGGACAGAGCAUAAAGGCAACCUAGUCUUGUAUGCAAUCGAACCUUCCGUUGAACUGAAGAUAUUCACCCCGCAACACCGACUCCAGUAAAUAGCACUAGCUUUCACGUUGUUUGUGUCUCUUGGGUGUCGGCGACUUUGCAGUGAAUUACCAGUUCCACCAACACGCCGAUUCACUGCAACAAUUUGGCUCUGUUUGUCUGCCGUGACUAUAUAAGCGAUUUCUCAUCUUCAACGGCCUCUUCUCUUCCUCUUCCUCUUACCAGUGUCGAUAUACGAGCAAUAUUAACGACUCAACUUCGAACCUAACCGGCAAUCUACUCACAAACAUUCUCUGGAGAUACUCAAACCUACCUCUCCACACUUUCACCAACACCAUGAUGCCCCAGCUCCUCUACCCAGGCCUCACCAGCCUCCUCUUCCUCCUCUUUGCCCUUCAGAUCUCAGCCCACAUGAUGAUCUCCUCACCACCACCCCUCGGCUCAUCAAGCAACCCUAACCUCCGCUCUUCCGAUAUCGAUUACAACCUGAAGGACCCCCUCUCCCCAUCCGGCCUAACCUACCCCUGCGGCCCAAAUUUCGACCUCUACUCCGUCUCCCCACAAAGCAACCCCGUCGCAACUUGGGCAGCUGGUUCCAGCCAAUCCUUCACCCUGGACGGCGGCGCCUCCCACAACGGCGGUUCCUGCCAGGCCUCCCUCUCCAUCGACGGUGGUAAAUCGUUCAAAGUCCUUCGCAGCUACGAAGGCGGCUGCCCACUCAAAAGGAACUACCAGUUCAGCAUCCCAGCUGACGUUCCGGCAACAAAGAAAGCGGUCUUUGCGUGGACCUGGUUCAACCAGAUUGGGAAUAGGGAGAUGUACAUGAACUGCGCCGUUGUCGACAUCACACCCGGGUCAGGCGGAAAAGGCGGAUGGGCCAAGAAGCCAGAGGUGUUCAAGGCAAAUAUUGGGAACGGGUGUACCACGGUCGAGAGAUUCGACGUCGAGUUUCCCAACCCGGGGGAUGAAGUUGCUAGGGGUGGGGAAGGGAAUUUUGCGAGCCCGGUGGGGGAUUGUGGGACGGUGAAUCGGGGGGCGGACUCAGGUGCGGGAGAAGGCAGUGACUCGCCGCCAGCAGGGGACUCGCCUGGCUCAAGCACAACUGAUCCGACUAGGCCAUCUCAGCCCAACUCAGGAGCGGUACCUACUACCUCUGCUUGUGGCACAAAAACCGUCACGGCGAAGCCAGAGGGGACAAUCGUCUUCACGCGGACAUUCACCGUCACUUGGUGAGGAGAUAUUGGUGGGGCAUCAGGUUAGGGCCAGCGAAAUUGGACAUGUAGUUAACACAAAAUUUGGGAUGGUUUGGUGGUAAUAAAUAUUGGUAUUUCAA